UAAAUGGCUACGGAUUUUUGGCGCUCUUCCCACUAUAAGUAUUGGCUCGUUGACCAGACGAUUCUUAAACAGGCUCGCUCGGACGAUCUUAAGUAUGCAACACAACGAGAGAUUUCCUUAAUCAACAUACUCUUUGCCAAUGUCAUUUCGAAGCUUGGAAAGCGCUUGGAGUUUCGACAACAGGUCAUUGCCACUGCAAUCGUCUACUUUCGGCGCUUCUACCUGAAGAACUCGUACUGUGAAACGGAUCCAUUUGUCGUUGCUGCUGCCUGUUGUUAUGUUGCCGCAAAAGUGGAAGAGUCUCCUGCCCAUCUUAAGAGUGUUGUAACCGAAGCGCGAAACGCCUUUGGUAAUGACUAUGGCAUCAAAUCGUUUCCAACUGAUCAUACAAAAUUAGGCGAAAUGGAGUUUUACUUGCUCGAGGACCUCGACUUUCAGCUCACUGUGUAUCAUCCCUAUCAGGAUCUUGCCGAUCUGUGUGGAAACACUGGCCACAUCGAACUAAAGGAAGAGGGUGAGGAAGGUUAUGUCCCAGAGGAGGAACGGUUCUGGGGUACUGGCGAAGGGAAACUAGUUCUCGAAGAGGGAGCCAUACAGACGUCAUGGUUCAUCAUCAGUGACAGCUUUCGGACAGAGCUAUGCUUGCUCUACCCUCCUUAUUUGAUCGCCAUCGCGGCCCUGUAUAUGACUUGCGUCCUGCACACGAGUAUCAGCUCCAGGCUCCUCGGUCCCCAACAAUCCCACGCGAGGAAUGAACCGACUUCCCAAUCCAUGCCCCCUUCCCCUACUUCGUCCACGAAGGAGCCCGGCGAAGAAACCGAGUAUACCAGUCAAUUUCUGCCCCAUGCAUCCUCAUCUUCAGUCUCCCCAAGAGACGAAAUCCUCAACUUUCUGGCACGUCUUAACGUCUCUAUUGAGCUCAUCGGCUACAUAAGUCAGCAAAUACUCUCAACAUAUAGUCUCUGGGAUUCCUUCACGGAUCGUUCGGAGCAAGAUGCUGUACGUCGGGCUGAUAGAGCAGAGAGCAACAAAAUCGCUGCGAGUAGCCGUGGCUGGGGCGAUGUUGGUGCUGAGGAAAGAGUAAAUUUGGUGACGGAGAGAGAAGUGGUGGCGAUCGUGUUGCGGAUGAGACAGGACCGAGAGAUCGAUGUUAGGAACUCGGCUGAUACGAUACCUGUUGGUGCGAACAGGAUGCUGGAGGGAAUGCCGCGGGUCGUGGGUAGGUAUGCACUGUAA